GACUCACGGCGGCGCUGCGAUGCGAGAGAACUGAGAGAGAAGCCACUGCAGUUUCUUCCUUCCAACGAGUUUGAAAUCUGAGAGGAUCGUGAUUUCAAUUUCCAUGUUUGUUGACAAAUUCUUUUAUGCGAAGGCGAUUCCUUGCAAGCGAGAUGUGAUAUCAAGGGAAGGAAAAUAAUUUCGAAUUAAGGCCUUAAGCAAACGAGGAAAUGAAUGGAGUGGUCCGACGAGCAUGCUAAUGGAAUGGAUUCUGGAUUACAUGCAAAAGUAGAGGCAAAUUGGAUGCAAAUUCAGUAUUAUGAGAAGGAAGGAAUCCACAAGACACAAACUGCCCAGUUUGAUGGAUUGGCCAGUGUCCGAGCCAUGUUGACAGCUCUUCAAAGUCGCUUUUCAAAGCUAAGUUGACGAGUCUUUGUGCUAUCAGCGCCCACAAGCAACACUUUUGAAGGCAAAAGAAGCCAACUACCAUCAUGGGGAGUGGAUAAGACUUCCACAUCAGAUUUGUUGAAAGAUAUGAACAAAAAACAACAAAUCUUAUCUUUUGGACAACUUUUCAACCACUUUUGAACCACCCCACUCUUUAGCUAGCUUAGUUAGUUUUAUUUUCUCUCUCUAAGCUUAGUUUUCUCUCAUCCUUGAAGCAAAUUUUGAACCAUAGGCAGCCAUUGCCACUUUUGCUCACCAUGGGGUGAAGCUUGUAGUUGUGUAGUGUUUUAAUGCUUUGAAUGAUCUAGUUCCUUGUUGUACUCAUUUUCCAAAAUCUUAACUCUCUAGUUAAGGUUGUUGGGCUGAUAUUAAAGAGCUUUUGGUGUAUUUAAUUCUCUUAGUGUUUAGCAUUUAUGUUUGGUUGUUGAUGUUCUUGCUUGUUUAGUUCAAAAACCUUAUUUUCAAGUUUGCUAUUUUAGGUUUGUGUUAAGCCACUUUCUUGAGGUGUAUUUCCUUGUUUAUUUAAGUUAUCUAAACAUGUUAGGAGUCAUUUUAGGAGUUGUUCAUGGUUGAAAAACGUUCCAAAAAAAAGAGAAGUAAAAGUAUGUGCAAGUAGUCGGUUGUUGUGUGAUUUGUGUCGUCUAGUCGCGUUUCUUUUUGCAUGCCUUUGUAUGAUCUUGUUGAUUUCAUUCUUCUAGCUUUUCUUCACCAUGUUUAAGUGUUCUUGAAGCUUAUUUCAUCUUGUUUAAGUGUUAAAGUUUUCAGCUUUUCAUUUGGUGUUUUCAAGGCAUAUUUAGGUAGCUAACUUGUUGAUUUGGUGUUUCUCUUGCAUAGUUAAGUGUUUAGCAGCCUUCUACUUAGUUCCUUUUGCUUCUUUUACUUAGUAAUUUUCGUGAAAAAAGCAGGUUUCUUUCCUCUUGUUCAUUUUAUUCCCGAAAAUGUUAUUUCACAAAGUUCUCGCCACUGUUUUGAUCUUGCUGCUAGCUUGCCCAGUUUAUUAGCUUGCCCAGUUUAUGUUCCAGUUUUUAUGCUUUCUUUUAAAUGCAUUUUAUUCGCACUCUUAGUUCCCACAUUAGUUUAAGUGUUAUUUAUAUUUCGUAGUUCAGUCCCCACCCCUAAUUUAAAGCGUGGCGGCAUCGCCAAACUCUUAAGUGUUGAAAUACAUAACGGAUACGACCAUUCCUCGUGGGAUCGACAUCCGACUUACCACAUACUAAUUAAUAGUAUUUUGGGAAGUGGGAACGUAUAAGUAUUGUUGAAUAGGAAGGGACACGCGCCUGCGACACGCGUGUAAAAUUCCGUCCUCUCAAAUGGCGCCGUUGCCGGGGAACGGUGUUGUUGUCUUGUUAUGUUUUUCUAUACUUGUUGUAUAUAGUUUUUGAAUUGUUUUUUUGUUGUUGUUUUUCUUUUUUCUCUUUAUUUUAUUUUUAGUUUAUGAGCAGGUCCUCUUUUCCAAGGCUGCUGUUCGAUAUUGAAAUUGAGAAAACGGUGAAGAGGUUGCACAAGGAUGCACGUUUGACAAAACAAGCUGAAACUAGGCUUUUUGGCCUGGGCAGUCCAUGUACUUGCCCAGUUCACCAGACAGUCCAGUUUGAAGAGUCAUAAGGUAGGAGUGAACUGACGAGGAAACCCAUUCAAGAAGCAAUGACGAGAGUGGUGCACCAUUAAAGGGCAGCAUGGAUCAUUUCAUAGAUCCUUACGAAUAUGGAUGGGGUGAUUACUCCUAUUUUGAAUGGACCCAUCCGAACCAACAAUAUCAAGGCCCACCACCACAAGGACACCACCAAGCUUUCCAAGGGUCAGACGAAAAUCAUGUUUAUUGGCCUCCCGAUCAAGAAGAAUUCCCUCCGUGUUUCCAGCCACAAGAAUUCAGCCAAUAUCAAUCAAAUCAUCCACCAAUGCCGCACAAGUGCUUAGAAGAAAUGAUGGAGGAUCUAAUCACAUCCCAACAACUCAUGCAAAACAAUUUGCAAGCCAAUUACAAUGUGGUGCAUGAGAUGCAUGACGAACAAUAUGAGCAAAUGAUUAGUCUUGAUCAUCUUGCACGCCAAAUGACACAAUUGGUGACUUGCAUCAAUGAUAUGCGUGGGAAUGGUGGAGGAAUUCCGGCUCAAGUGCAACUACCAAGAGAGGAGAACCUUAAUCAGAUUACCCUUAGGUCCGGGCAAGAGUUGAAAGCAUCAUUCAACAAUAACUCAAACAACGGACCGAGGGAAUCAUUGGAACAGGGUCCCAGACUGCCUAGUGCAACACACUGCCCAUGUCAGGUGAUUGCUUGGUUUGAAGAUGAAGAGGAUAGCGAUGAGGAGAUUGAAGAGAAAAUCAUCAUUCAAUCCGAUGGGCCUAUACCCAUACCUUUGAGACCAGAAGAGGCUAUCACAAAGUGGUGCAACAAAAUGGAGCAUGCAAAAUCUGCCAGUAACCUGCCCAAUCCAGACGAACUGCCCAGUCAGUGCAACCUGCCCAGUCUUAGGGCAGAAGAGGAAUUGGUGUCGUCGGAAGUUCGGCCUCCAAAAUUGGAAUUGAAGACGCUGCCUACUAACCUUAAGCAUGUCUGCUUUGGGGAAAAUGACACUCUCCCCAUUAGCAUUAAUAGUGAUAUGGAAAAUGGCCAAGGUGAAAAGUUGAUCAAAGAGUUAAAAGGUCCCGACUUUCUUGAUGUCGAGUUUUUGCAAGAUAUGUAUCCAUUGCCCUUCAUUGAAGAACAAGUUGAGCUCGAAGGACUUAGUAAAUGCAAGUUGUUCAAUACUCAAAGGCUUGGUGAUGAGGAGAUAGAGGCUGAAAUAAUGACUUGGUGCAAAAAGAGGGAUCACACAAACCCACCUGAGAGAUGUAAACUCUCUGAUCCUAAGGAACUGCCCAGUCAGAAUGAACUGCCCAGUCCAAGAGUGGAGAAAGAGUUGCUAUCAUUGGAGAUUCAUCCACCUAAAUUGGAGCCGAUUGCGUUUCCUUCCAAACUCAAAUCUUUGGAAAAAAAUGACACCAUAUCCAUGAUCAUCAAGAGUAUAUUACACAAGAGUCAAGAAAAAGAGCCAAUCAAGGUUUUGAAGUGGCAUAAGGAGGUGACCGGUUGGACUUCGGCCGACGACAUCAUAUGUAUAAGCCCCGAUGUUUGUGUGUUUUACAUGAGUUCAGAGAAGGGUUCCAAACUCUACAGGGAUCCUAAAAGGAAGUUGAAUGCGUCUACUUGGAAGGAUUGGAAAGCAAGAUUUGAUGAUGUUUUUUUGGAAGAACACAUGUAUCCUGCCCAGUUUGUUGAACAGGGCAGUCUGGAUGCCAACGUGGAUAAAGUAGCUGAAUCUGAAGGAGCCGCCAACCCAGCACAUGAGGCUGGGAUCGAAACCCAAGGAGGCAGUUGCACCAGCUCCGCCACCAUCUGCCGCAACAGCCCGUACCCCCCGCAAAUGGCGGGGGAGGUGAUUUCUAUCCAACCCUCUCUUUUAUUUGUUGUGUAUAUAUGUUGUAUGUGUGAUGUAUGUGUUUACUUAAAGUUUUUUGGUGUUGUGGCCUUGUCGACCUUGUUUUGCAUGUUUUGUGGCCUUGCCGGCCUUUGUAAUUGUAUUUCGUGUUGUUAGUAACCUCUCUCUAAACACUUGGUCUACUAGCUCUCGAGCAAGCAAUGCCCAAGUGUGAGGAGGCGAGAUUCUUGUGUGUUGUUCUUGGUUUUCUAUGUUUUAAGUGAUGUGUUUCCUUUUUCAACAUUUUAACCAAACUUGCUUGAGGGCAAGCAAGGUCUAAGUGUGAGGAGGGGGUUUGUUUUAUUGUUUGGUCGUGUUGGUGUUGUGUCGUUUUUGUAAUGAGUUGUGUUUUAUCUUUUUUCCAAGCCUCGAUGAAUGAUUUGGUAAUGAUUCCCCUAUUGAAUCGUAGCAAAAAAAAAACAUGAGUUGCUUUGUUUUGAAAAAUCUAUUCAAGAACUUGUGGUUUUGAUUGAAUGAAGUUGAGUGUGAUGGAAAUGUGAAGCACUACCACUUGCAUAAAAACCCACAAAUGGUAAGGUUCAAAGCCUCAAAGUAGAACACUUUCUACAUGUUUUCGAGCGAGGAAUGACAUUGCAUUGCAUGAUAGUUGAUACCGCUUGGUCACUAUGGCAUAGAUAGAGGGCACUAGGAAAAGCCAAAUUGAGCCUUAUUCUUUGUGAUUACAUCAACCAAAAAGAGUUACCCCUAGUUGCCACUUUGAAACUUUGAGCCUAAAUUUCUUUUCAAGUUCGAAAAUGGUUUCCCUCUUGUGCAAAAUAAAUGUGCUUAGUUGCUCCUACAUAAUCACCACCUUUUGGGAAAGAGAUAUCAAUUGUGAAUGUAAAAAAAACAAAUCUACCUCCACUCACCAAAAAAAGAAAAAAAAAGUCGCUA